CAGCCCCUUUGUCCUCCUGCAGCUGAGCUGGAGUGGCAGUCUGAGCAGAGUGGCAGGGACACUGGAACUCAGGCUGCCAGAGGUACAGGCGGCAGGACAGGAGUGGCCCGUGCAAGAGCAGCAGCUGUGGGGCACUUGGGAGAGGGUGUGGCCAGCAGGAUGCUGGAAGGCCCGGUGCCGGAGGAGCCAGAGCCGGGCUCCGAGGCACCGUGUGCGGGCUCCUGCCACGCACAGCGCGUCCUGCAGACCCUCAACGCGUACCGGCGGAGCGGCACCCUCACCGACGUGGUGCUGCGCGCUGGCGGCCGCGACUUCCCAUGCCACCGAGCCGCGCUGAGCGCGGGCAGCGCCUACUUCCACAGUCUGUUCGCGGCCGGCCGGCUGGAGCGCAGCUUGGCCGUCGUGCCCGUGGUGCCCGAGACACCGGGCGCGAGGCCUGCGGGGACGGCGGCGGCGCUGGCUGUGGUGCUAGACUACGUGUACGGCGCGGGCGUGCGGCUGCGCGCCGAGGACGAGGCUGCCGCCGUGCUGGCGCUGGCCGAGAGGCUGGGCGUGGCGGGCCUGCGCGAGGCCUGCGCGCGCUUCCUCGAGGGCCGUCUGCGCGCAGCCAACAGCCUGGCGCUACACCGCGUGGCUGCUGCUUUCUCGCUUGCCUCGCUGGCGGAGCGCUGUGGCCACGUGCUGCGCCAGGACUUCACUGAGGUGGCGCGCCACGCGGACUUCCUGGAGCUGGCGCCUGACGAGGUGGCAGCGCUGCUGGCCGACCCAGCGCUGGGCGUGGCGCGCGAGGAGGCCGUGUUCGAGGCGGCCAUGCGCUGGGUGCGUCACGAUGCGCCGGCGCGUCGCGGGCAGCUGCGACGCCUGCUGGAGCACGUGCGCUUGCCCCUGCUGGCGCCCGAAUACUUUCUGGAAAAGGUGGAGGCUGACGAGCUGCUGCAGGCCUGCGGCGAGUGCCGUCCGCUGCUGCUCGAGGCCCGUGCCUGCUUCAUCCUGGGCCGAGAGGCCAGUGCGCUGCGGACCCGGCCUCGGAGAUUCAUGGACCUAGCUGAAGUGAUCGUGGUCAUCGGCGGUUGUGACCGCAAGGGGCUCCUAAGGCUGCCCUUCGCAGACUCCUACCACCCAGAAAGCCGGCGCUGGACCCCACUGCCCAGCCUGCCUGGCUACGCACGCUCAGAGUUCGCCACCUGUGCUCUCCGCAAUGACAUCUACAUCUCUGGAGGCCACAUCAACAGCCGUGAUGUGUGGAUGUUUAGCUCCCAUCUGCACACGUGGAUCAAGGUUGCCUCGCUGCACAAGGGCAGGUGGAGGCACAAGAUGGCGGUCGUGCAGGGACAGCUGUUCGCGGUGGGCGGCUUCGACGGCCUGCAGCGCUUGCGCAGCGUGGAGCGUUACGACCCCUUCUGCAACACCUGGGCAGCCGCGGCGCCCCUCCUGGAGGCCGUGAGCUCAGCAGCCGUGGUACCCUGCGCAGGCCAGCUCUACGUGAUCGGGGGUGCAGGGCAGGACGGCGUCAGCACAGACAAGGUGCAGUGCUUUGACCCCAAGGAGGACCGGUGGAGCCUGCGGUCGCCAGCACCCUUCUCACAGCGAUGUCUUGAUGCUGUCUCCCUUGAGGAUACCAUCUAUGUGGUAGGGGGCCUCAUGAGCAAAAUCUUCACCUAUGACCCUGGUACAGAUAUCUGGAGGGAGGCAGCUGUCCUCCCCGGCCCUGUGGAGAGCUGUGGCGUGACUGUGUGUGACGGGAAGGUCCACAUCCUUGGUGGGCGGGAUGAUCAUGGGGAAAGCACCGACAGGGUCUUCACCUUUGACCCCGGCAGCGGGCAGGUGAGGGCCCAGCCGUCCCUGCAGCGCUGCACCAGCUCCCAUGGCUGCGUCACCAUUGUCCAGAGCCUGGGCAGGUGACUCACACUUAGACAGCCUGAGCCAGAAGGCAGAGAGAAAAGGGACAACUCACUAUUCUGCUUCCCUCAUGGCACUUCCAUGUAAAUAGCCCCUUAAUUUAUUGCCCCCCUUCCUUGUAGAAAUAAAACCUCAUUCAAAGGUUGGGUCUGUG